AUGUCGAAUAUUCCGAAUGAAGUAAUACCGCCGGUGCGCAUAAAUCAACAACAACCACCGCGAAUACCACCACCUACAGCUGAUGGUGAUACAAUGGAACGACUCUUUCAAGCAUUAUUUUAUCGUAUUGCUGUUCUUUAUGCUCGAACUAUUCCUAAACAUAUUCGUCGAUUAGGAGAAACAGCAAUACUUGUUAUGGCAGUUAUUUGUAUGAUUUUACUUGUUUAUCUUCAUGUUGUAUUCAAUCAAAAACCAGUAACAUGUCUUUCUCAUUUGCAUGAUCAUUGGCCAAGACAAGGUGUACUUCGUGUUGAAUUGUUUUUUGAAUCUCCACCAGAAGAUUAUAACCUUCAACAAUCGUAUGCUAAAGAAUUUCAAUAUAGUCAUUUCUAUAAUUAUGAUGAGAAUCAAUUAAAUCAGUCUAUAUCAAAACAAUACGAAAAAAUUCUUCCUGUGAUUGAAAUUCCGAUUGAAUCAUUAGAAAAUGAUCUAUUCAAAGAAUCUUAUCCAAAUAUGAGUAUUAAUUCUUCUUUAUUAUCAUCAAUUGAUUAUUCAAGUAAAUCAAUAAUGAAAAAUGAAGCAAUAGCGACUGCUCAAAUUAUUGAUCAUAAUUCUUUAUCAGAAUCACAAGAUAAUCAUGAUAAUGAAUCUUUAUUUGAUUAUUUAUUUAAUUUUGAUUGGCUUAAACAAUUAUUAAUUGAAGAACAUUAUAUUCUUGAAUAUUCAAUUGAAUAUGGAUUUUUACGUUUAUCACCAGAAACAAGACAAAGACUUAAUAUUGAAGUUUUACUUGUUACAUUAGAUGUAACAAAUAAUACCUGUUUUGGUAAUGGUUUAAGUCGAUUUAUGCUUGAUCAAUUUCUUGGCUAUCAAGAAAUACUUAUGUCUAGUAUAAAACAAAUAGCAGAAAAAGAAACUCAUAAAGGCUAUGUUCGUAAUGUAAUGACAAAUGAUCAUUUUCGUUUUGUUAGUACAUGGCAAAAUCGUCGAUUAUGGACAUAUUUAGUUGCUUUAUGUAUUAUGAUUAUAUUUACGGUUAGCAUUUCGAUGCUUCUUCGUUAUUCACAUUUUCAAAUAUUUCUUUUUAUUAUUGAUCUCUUACGUAUGAUUGAACAUAAUGCAUCUAUUGUAUUUCCAGCUGCACCAUUAUUAACAGUUAUAUUAGCUCUAAUCGGUAUGGAAGCAAUUAUGUCGGAAUUUUUUAGCGAUGCAUCAACUGCUUUUUAUAUUAUUCUGAUUGUAUGGAUAUCAGAUCAAUAUGAUAGUAUAUGUUGUCAUACAUCAAUAAGUAAACGUCAUUGGGUUCGAUUUUUUUAUAUAUACCAUUUUGCAUUUUAUGCAUAUCAUGCUCGAUAUAAUGGUCAAUAUUCAGGUUUAGCAUUAACAACAAGUUGUUGUUUUAUUGUUCAUUCAAUGUUUUAUUUUUUUCAUCAUUUUGAAUUACCUGUUAUCGAAGCUCAACUUGUUCAUGUAUUUGUUGAUCAAAAUAUAAUAACACAAACACCUUUACCAACAAUAGAAAGACAUAGAGAAGAAAAUCCAUCAUCGACCACAACUUAA